AUGGCUUCUUCUUCCUCGUCGUCGCGAUCAUUACAUCAGGCUUUCAGUCCUCUGCUCUCCAUUGAGCCGUCAUCUGAUGCAUUCUUGGACUCUGACAUUCAGUCCUCUGUGAGAGAAUAUCCUGCCCCUGAAUAUUGUGAGACCACCAACAGGCGUGUGGGGCCUCAACGAAUCAAGAAUUGGAUCUUGUACGAACCGAGCCUAGAGAGAGAGUUCCUAGGAUGGUGGGAAACAACGGAGUACGGUCAAAAGCUGAACGGAGAUGGUCAAUCUCAGAUAAAAUGGUCCACCGAAUCGCGUCAUGCCAACGUUUGGAAGCACUUUGACCAAGUAGCUGAUAUCGAUACUGGGCGUCCACGAGUCUUCUGUCAAGCCUGUCUUACUUUACUUGACCAUCCACAGCACAGAAAAAAUGGUACAAGCGCCAUGGGCAGACACCAGAAAUCCAAUACUUGUCGCCGCGGGAAAAAGAGAAGAUCCCGUCAAACUUUACUCUCUGAUUCGUUGCAAAAUCAUUCCACUAGUGCUUCACUUAGCGCAGAAAGAGUCACAACAUCUGAACUUGAGGAGCAGUUGCUGAAAACUAUUACUUGCCUCCGGCUGCCAUUUCAGACUGUGGAGAAUCCCGUGUUCCAAAGACUGUUGAACCUCUUACACUCUGGUCCCGGGGAACUGGAAAUCCCGUCGGCAAAGACCCUACGACGGCGACUUCGAGAGGUAGUUGCGGUUCAGCAGGAGUCACAGUUACAAGAUCUGCCUGAAAAUGCUAAGGUAUCACUUGCCCUAGAUUGCUGGACCAGCCCAUUCCAGCAGGCCUUCAUGGCAAUCACAGUAUACUUCAUUGACAAGGACUGGAACUAUCGAGAAAUGCUUCUUGGGUUUGAACCGCUACAUGGACCUCACACUGGGAGUAACCUCAGUGAUGUUUUGCACCAACUACUGAAGGACCGGAAACUCCUGGAUCGUAUCUUUAGCGUCACUACAGAUAAUGCGGCCAAUAACGAAACUCUCAUACGAGCCUUGCAAGAGAGACUGAUCUCCACCGGUGCAAUUGGUUCCAGAGAAUCAAUAGUUCGAGUUCCUUGUAUGGCUCAUGUGAUUCAGCUUUGCCUGAAACAACUUUUGGGGCAUAUCAAAGCAGCACCCCGGAACAAAGAGAUAAAAACGUUUUGUCCACAACGGCGAGAUGCCUUUCUGUGCCUCCAAUCAGGUGGUACCCGGCUAUUCCCGUUGCAUGAUGUUCAAACACGCUGGAAAUCGACGUUUCUGAUGCUUCGCCGUGCGCGCCGGCUCAGAAAUGUCAUCAACAAAUACUGCUGUGAUCAUGAAUACUCGCAGUUCAAGGUUACUGAUGUCGAAUGGAGGCAAAUCGACUACCUGGUUCAUUUGACCAAACCGUUCUUUCGGUUCACUAUGGCUUUGAUGAAGACCAGAGAUGUUACAAUCCAUAGUGUGUUCCUCGUAUACAGGAAGCUUCUGGAGCAUAUUGAAAGGUCGAAUCGAAAAUUAAAAAGAAAGUUAACACCUUGGAAGAAGGACAUGUAUGGCGCUUUGCUCGUUGCAUGGCAGAAGCUGAAAGAGUACUAUGAAAAGACCUACCGCGAUCACGGUUUUCUCUAUGGCACCGGAGCAUUACUCGCUCCACAAUAUAAACUGACGAAUGUUCCUGUAUCCCCGCGAAUUUACUGGAAGGAGCACGAGAGCGAGUUCCCUAUUCUUUCUCGACUUGCACGAGACUUGCUUUCGGUGCCAGCCACCGGCGCAGGUGUGGAGAGGCUUUUCAACAGUGCUCGAGACAUUUGUCACUAUCGUCGAGGUUCUCUUAACGAAGCAACUAUUCAAGAAUUGAUGAUGUAUAUGUGCUCAGAAAAGCUCACACUGGACGGACAGCAACUGACCCGCCUGGAGAAACCAAUGGAGAGCGAAAAGCAAGAGGCAGUUGAAGAGGAUGAAGCGCUGAAGGCAAUUGAAGAGGAUGCUGAGCCGAUCAGCGACAAGGAAGAAAUUGAAGAGAGCGAAGAUUUUGAGGGUAGCUUUGAGCUCGAAGAGCCAUACCAGGCGGAGUGUACGCUGGCAGAGACUGACCGAAGCUCCAUGCACAGCCAGAGUUACGAUGUGGAACAAGAGGAAGAAGAUAGCGUGGAGGAAGAGGGGGUCGAAUACGACGAAGCAGAUCUACUUCCACCACCAAUAACGCAGCUGGGUGAUCGAAGCCAGAAGAGAUCUUCAGGACGGGUAACAAUGCCCUCGAGCCGACUGCGAGGUUAUGAGGUAUACUAG